GACGCCCGGGGCGGGGCUGCGUCAUGGGCGGGGCCAGGCGCGGUCGGCCUCUCAGGAGCUGGAACACGACCUGUGCUGGGCACCACCUACCAGACCACCGUAGAGCGCGCUCCCGGAAGCUGCCCGCUCGCUACUGACUAGGAGAGUCAUGGCUGCCGCCGCCCUUCUGAGUACCUUGCGAGCUAUGCGGCCGCCAAGCGGGCUUCCUGGAACCCGGCAGACACAGAUCAGACACACCCACCAACGGGCUUCAUUGUUGUCCUUCUGGGAGCUCAUCCCCCUGAGAGCAGAACCUCUACGAAAGAAAAAGAAGGUGGAUCCUAAAAAAGAUCAAGCAGUAAAGGAUCGUUUGAAAAAAAGGAUCCGAAAACUGGAAAAAGCUAACCAAGAACUAGUUCCCAUUGAAGAUUAUAUUACUCCUGUGAAGUUCUUGGAUAAAUCAAGACAGCGGUCUCAGGAGGCACUCUCUCUGGAGGAGAGUGAGCGGAGAGCUCUUCUUCUGAAGAGGUGGUCACUGUACAAGCAGCAAGAGCAUCUGAUGGAGAGGGAUGCCAUCAGGGCUAUGCUGGAAUCCCAGCAGGAAGCUCUUGAGGAACUGAAACUUGAGUCCCCAGAGCUCUACAAUGAGGCCAUCAAGCGGGACACCAGCCUCCUCCCCUUUGAGAAAGAAGGGCCACAUUACACACCACCUAUCUCUAGCUACCAGCCACCCGAAGGCAGGUACAAUGACAUUACCAAGGUGUACACACAAGUAGAAUCCAAAAGAUAGAGCUAAAGGCAGCUGUCCUCAGAACAUGCUGGCCCCAGGGGUCAGAAGGACCAAGGCUGAAGUCUACUUUCUGCAGAUGAGACAUCCUGCUAAUAAAUAAAAUAUAAUCAAAAGCA